GACAGCGAGUUACCCAACCGUGCGCAGGCUGGACGUGGACCAUCCCGGAAUUCGGCUUUAACAUGUUUCCAUCUCUGUGGCAUGAUCAUGCCGCUAGGCCUAACCCUGGUGGUGGGGUUAACCCUGUGCUUGGUGCAUGGCCAGGCUUUGCUGCAGGUUCCUGAACAUCCUUUUUCUGUGCUAUGGAAUGUACCCUCAGCAAGAUGUAAGGCCCACUUUGGUGUGCAUCUGCCUCUCGAUGCCCUCGGCAUCGUGGCCAACCACGGCCAGCAUUUUCAUGGCCAGAACAUCUCCAUCUUCUACAAGAACCAGCUUGGCCUUUAUCCUUACUUUGGACCUAGAGGUACAGCCCACAAUGGGGGAAUCCCUCAGGCCGUGUCCCUAGACCACCACUUGGCACGAGCUGCCCACCAGAUCCUCCACAGCCUAGGAUCUAGCUUUGUGGGCUUGGCAGUGCUGGACUGGGAAGAGUGGUACCCACUCUGGGCUGGGAACUGGGGCCCCCAUCGACAAGUCUACCGGGCAGCCUCCUGGGUUUGGACACAGCAGAUGUUCCCUGACUUGGACCCUCAGGAACAGCUCCACAAAGCUCGUACUGGCUUUGAGCAGGCUGCCCGUGCAUUCAUGGAAUACACUCUGCAGCUAGGCCGGACACUUCGCCCGAGCGGCCUCUGGGGCUUUUAUCGAUAUCCAGCCUGUGGCAAUGGCUGGCAUAAGACGGCUUCCAACUACACAGGCCACUGCCAUGCAGCCAUCAUUACCCGAAACACCCAACUGCAUUGGCUCUGGGCUGCCUCCAGUGCUCUCUUCCCUAGCAUCUACCUCCCACCCAGACUGCCACCUGCUUACCGUCAGGCCUUUGUACGACACCGCCUGGAGGAGGCCUUCCGUGUAGCCCUUGUGGGGCAUUCACAUCCUCUACCUGUUCUGGCUUAUUCUCGCCUCACACACCGGAGCUCUGGGAGAUUCCUAUCUCUGGAUGACCUGAUGCAGACUAUUGGAGUGAGUGCGGCACUGGGAACAGCUGGAGUGGUGCUCUGGGGGGACCUGAGCUUCUCUAGCUCUGAGGAAGAGUGCUGGCGUCUCCAUGACUACCUAGUGGGCACUUUAGGCCCCUAUGUGAUCAAUGUGACCAAGGCUGCCAUGGCUUGCAGUCACCAGCGAUGUCAUGGCCAUGGUCGGUGUGCCCGGAAAGACCCAGGACAAAUGGAAGCCUUUCUACAUCUGCAGCCAGACGACAGUCUUGGAGCCUGGAAUUCCUUCAGAUGCCGUUGUUACUCGGGCUGGGCUGGCCCUACCUGCCUGGAGCCUAAACCCUGAGCCCAACAUAGAGUCAGGAGUUCCUGCUGCUUCUUGACCCUGCUGUUACUUUCCCAGUCCUGGAGGAAUUCCCCUUUAUGCUUUGUUUAGCUUAUGGGACUUUCCCAAGUACAUAUCCUACUUCCACCAACAUAACUUCCAUAGAAAUUCCUGAGGAGCCGGGCAUGGUGGCACAUGCCUUUAAUCCCAGCACUCGGGAGGCAGAGGCAGGUGGAUUUCUGAGUUCGAGGCCAGCCUGGUCUACAGAGUGAGUUCCUGG